GUGUUUCGCGACAUUUGGCGGUUAAGAAAUAUCCCCAUCCUUUAAGCUGCAUCCCCCGCCUAACACUUUUCUUUCUCGCCUUUCCCUGUUAAAUUUUGGAAUUUUCGGCUAAGUUCUGAUUAUUCCUCGUUCUUUCAUCGGGAACUUUUUAUUUUUGCUUAAUUCCUACUUAUAUUUUGAUUCCAAAAUUUUAAAGUUUUUUGUACAAAAUAUGACGGAAAAAAACGAUAAUUCAGAUAAAACUUCUCCUUCGAUUACAAAGAUUACUAAUCUGAACUGCAUCGAUCUUUCCAGCCCUGAUAUUCAUCAUUCUGUUUCUCUCCUUAAACAGGCAUGUAUGGAUUGUGGGUUUUUCUAUGUAAUAAAUCAUGGAAUAAGCCAAGAAUUUAUGGACGAGGUUUUUGCACAAAGUAAGAAACUUUUUGAUUUACCAGUAAAUGAGAAGAUGAAGCUUUUAAGAAAUGAGAAGCAUCGUGGGUAUACACCUAUUCUUGAUGAGCUUUUAGACCCUGAAAAUCAAGUACAAGGAGAUCACAAAGAGGGUUAUUAUGUUGGUAUUGAAGUACCCAAGGAUGAUCCUGAAGCUGAGAAACCAUUUUAUGGCCCAAAUAUUUGGCCUGCUUCAGAUCUUUUGCCUGGCUGGAGGCAAACCAUGGAGAAAUAUCAUCAUGAAGCACUGAAGGUAGCCAGGGCAGUUGCAAGGAUCAUAGCUCUUGCACUUGAUCAGGAUGCAGAUUUCUUUGAUAAGCCAGAGAUGCUGGGGAAACCUAUUGCAAACUUACGCCUGUUACACUAUGAAGGUCAAGUUUCGGAUCCAUCGAAAGGAAUAUAUGGGGCUGGUGCACAUUCCGACUACGGUCUGAUUACCCUCUUGGCCACAGAUGGUGUAGUUGGUCUGCAAAUAUGCAAGGAUAAGGAUGCCAAACCGCAGAUAUGGGAAGAUGUACCUCCAGUAAAAUGGGCCUUUAUUGUGAAUCUUGGUGACAUGCUGGAGCGCUGGAGCAACUGCGUUUUCAAAUCCACCUUGCACAGGGUUAUAGGGAAUGGUCAACACAGAUACUCUAUAGCAUUUUUUGUGGAACCGAGUCAUGAAUGUGUUGUCGAGUGCUUGCCGACAUGCAAAUCAGAAACCAACCCUCCGAAGUUUCCUCCUAUCCGAUGUGAUGAGUAUCUGAGCCAGCGCUACAAGGAUACCCAUGCAGACCUCAGCACAUACAAGAAAGCGUAGCUGUGUUUUCCAUUUGAGUUCGAGAUACAGGAUGACGAUGAAGACGAGCAUGACACAAAGAAGUAGGGGUUUUCGAUGGACUAAUUAAACUAGAAAGGAUACAACAUGAUAGUCUAUUGGGGCCAUCAUUGGAAGGUAGUAUUGAUAUAAUAACAAAUUUCUACUAAUGUAGUUCUAUAUAUGGAUUAUACUUAUUGGCUGGAAUACGAAGAAUAUUUGUAUUCUUACUAGUUUCAUUUCAAAAGGAGAUAUUUCUUACUAA